AUGUGCAGAAAGUUACUUCCAUCCGGCGCUCAUUUAGCUGCUCCCAGUGCCCGGGAGUUUGCUCGAUGGCAAAACUACGAAAGGGGUGAAGCAGGGACCGGACUCAUUCCAGAUGCGGGACCCAGUUGGGGGCCAGGUCUUGGUGAUGUGAAUAUCGCUACUGGUGUGGGUGUUCAAACACCUGUUGGCGGAUUAGGGAUUCGUCGUGACUUUGACUUGGGUUUCGGUGGAUCCGGACGAAGUGGUGGACGUAGCUUCGGAUUCGGAAAUGGAUAUCAGCGACAGAUUGGCUCCGCUCCGUGGGCUUGGCCGUAA